CUCUUCCACCACACUCUGCCCUCCACCAUCCACCCGCUUCCAAGUUUUUCAUCUAGUUUCCACUUGCAAUGGCUCUGAAGCGCAUUAACAAGGAAUUGAUUGACCUCGGACGUGACCCGCCCUCCUCAUGCAGCGCUGGUCCGUCAGCAGACAACAUGUUCAACUGGCAAGCAACUAUCAUGGGUCCGGGUGAUUCGCCAUAUGCGGGCGGAGUAUUCUUCCUUUCCAUCGUCUUCCCUACCGACUACCCCUUUAAGCCACCCAAGGUCUCGUUCACGACCAAGAUCUACCAUCCGAACAUCAACGCAAACGGAUCGAUCUGUCUUGACAUCCUGCGUGAUCAGUGGUCUCCGGCACUGACGAUCUCCAAAGUGCUCCUGUCGAUCUGCUCGAUGCUGACAGAUCCCAACCCGGAUGACCCGCUUGUCCCUGAUAUUGCACACUUGUAUAAGACUGACCGGGCACGGUACGAGGCGACAGCUAGAGAAUGGACACGAAAGUACGCGAUGUGAUAGGACUUAGCAGCAUUUGAUGACGCUUGUACAGCUAUUUUUUGGGAGUGUAGUUUUUCCUCCACGCUGCUUUGUUAUUUUGAACCAUUUGAAGCAUAUUUG